AUGCAAGCAUAUGACAAUAAUAAUAAAUCACAUACAAGGUCUGUUGGAGUUCUUACAUAUUAUCUACUUACUGGAAUCUCUCCAUUUUUUGCUGAAACUAAACAUGGUACAAUGGAAAAUGUUGCUCAUGCAACGAUUACAUAUCCUGAUGAACUUUUCAACAAUCGUUCAUCUGAAUCCAUUGACUUUAUUCAACGCCUACUUCAACGUUCACCAACAAAACGUAUGUCUGCUAAAGAAUGUCUCAGUCAUCCUUGGAUAACUCAAUCAACAAAUCAACCAAUCAUCAUGAAAUCACCAGUUGAUUAUCAAUCAUUACAAACUGUCCAGGGCAAUAAAGAUGUUAAUAAUCAAUUGAAAUAUGCUGUUGAAUUAUCGUAUGUCGAUCCAAUUAUUGAAAUGGCUGGUGAAUUCCUAUCACCAAUUUGUUCAUCUCAGCAUACAACACAAUCACCUGUACAGGUUGUUUCUUAUGUGAAUGUUGUUAGUGAGAUGACUUGUUGUGUGAGUAUAUCACCUUCAUUAAGAUUAGAUGAUAAUUACUUGCCUCUUCCUGUCAAUGCAAUCUCUUCAAUAAACCAUCAUCUGUCAUCAUCACCUACACAAUCGAUCAGAAAGAGACCAGUGAAAUUGAAUAUUGGACAAUGUGAUCUACGCGAAUGCCUGUCUGAAUUCGCUAAAGUUUUUUGUUUGAUGCAUCCAGGCAAUGACAGUCAUCGUGAUGAUGAGAUGAAUAAAGGUAGCCAUUUGAUCGAUCAGCAUCCCAUCAUUGAUCGACAUCAUGAUGCAUCCGGAUCACCAAACAUUUAUUGUCUGUUAUCAAUGAACGACAACUUGUGGAAUUCUAACAUCGUUCAAGAUAAAAGUUUGCGGAAUAACAAAUCACGUGAUAAUUAUGCCUCAAAUAAUGUGAUUCUUUCAAAAUAUUUUCAAAAAUAUCAAUUUUGGUUAAUGUUUUGUGAUUUAGUUUAUUGUAAAUUACUUAAUUGUGCUCCCAAAUUGUUUGAUCAUGAUCAUACUACUAACAAGUUUGGUAGUAGUGGUAGCAGUAGCAGUAAGAAGAAGAAGAGCAGUGUUGUUACAAACCAUGAAUUCUCCCCUAACAAAAUCGAUCAUCAUCACAACCACCAGCAGCAGUCAAAUGAAAAUAGCCCAAAUGCUCAAACUGUAAUGAACAGAAUUGAUGCAGAGGAACAAUCAAUGAAUAAAAUAUCAAAAUAUACUAUUGAUAUCAUACCGAAAAUGAAUGGAAUGAUUUCGAAAACUAUUGUGGAUCCACAAGUUUCAACCAUUCGUAUUGAAUUAAAUUCAUCAUCAAUAUCGGGAGAUUUUCAACUACUGAAUUGUUUCAAUGAUCAUGCUAAUUUGAAUUGUAUGAAAGAUUAUUUGUCUGGUGGUUAUGCAUGGAUUAAGCAGCAGCAUCCUCCAUCUCCUUAUCAUCAUCAACAUCAUCAUGAUUAUUGUUAUGAUCGAAAUGUUUGUGAUGCAUGUGACUUAUCCAACUCUCCAACACUAAUCACUUCCUCUUCACUAUUGUUGUUUCCUUCACAUGGCCAUGGUCAUUCUGAUUGUGAAAAUUUUCAUCCUGUUCGUCUACACAAUGAUGAUCAUUCUGAUGAUGAUGCAAUGAUAAUUAGCACUGAAACCAUUGCCGAUAUCGACUAUUUGAAGAACACUAGUUCAUUGAAUUAUCAACAUCCUCACCAAUCACCACAACAUCACCACUACCAGCAACAACAACAACACACAACCAUGAUGGAAGCAUCAUCAUUGCAUAAUAAUAAAUGUAAAUGUAUAAACUCUCCUCCAGUCUCAUGCAUUGUUCAUCGUGAUGCACAACCAGUUCGUGUAAAAUUAUUCACUGGUCUAUUGAAUUGGAUUCGUUUAUUGUUUAAAAAUAUUUCUCAAUUAUCAUUCUCUGUAUUAUUGCCAUCAUUAUUUCGUAAAUAG